AUGGCUCUCCCACCAAAGUUCAAGGGCCACCGCCUCGCCUUUUACGAGGCCGCCGCCGCCCCGGAGCUGCCGCAGCACACCGUUGAGGUGUUCCUCGACUACGUGUGCCCCUUCUCAGCGAAGCUCUUCAACACCGUCUACAACACUCUCACGCCAGCUCUGCGCGCGGACCCCGUACUCUCGCGCAAGGUGCAGUUCGUCUUCCGGCACCAAGUGCAGCCGUGGCACCCGUCGUCGACGCUCGCGCACGAGGCGGGGCUCGCCGUGCAGCGGCUGGCGCCUUCGCAGUUCUGGGCGUUCAGCGCGGCGCUGUUUGGCGCGCAGAAGGAGUUCUUCGACGUGUCCGUGGUCGGGGAGACGCGCAACGAGACGUACAAGCGGCUGGCACAGCUGGCAGCGUCGAGCACGGGGGGCAGCGUGGACGCGGACGAGGUGUACAAGCUACUGGCGAUCCCGGGGCGGGCGGCCGAUGACGGCAGCCUCAACGUCGGCAACGCCGUGACCAACGACCUCAAGGUGGUGGUCAAGAUGGCGCGGCUGGUCGGGGUGCACGUCAGCCCGACCGUCAUCUUUGACGGCGUCGUGGCCAACGACAUCAGCAGCAGCUGGACCGUGGAGCAGUGGCUGGACUGGCUGAAGAAGAAUGUUGCCUGA